AUGCGGCAGCUCCAUACCAUAGGACCCAGACUGGGCGCAUCUCCUCGAUAUAUAUUCUUCCGUUCAUCGUACCUCUCCCAGGUCCGCCCUCCAUAUUUUUCCCGGCCGCUUUCCACGGAUUCAACUCCCAAUCCAUCAGGUAAAGACGGCGGACCUCCCCCAGGGUUCAACGCUGCUGCGCACCAGAAUAAAAGUCAUGUUUCGGCAGGGAGAAAUGAAGCCCCCAAGCCAUUCACAGCCGGCUCCAGUAUUGAAUCAGAUUGGGAAGAGAAUCCCGAUUUCUCUAUCUCAACGUUUGCGCAACUGCCAUCAAGAGACUUCGGGACUAAUCAGCAUAUGAUCAUCAACCAAGAGUUUAAAGAAGCAUUGCGUCAGAUCCUCUGGCAGUUUCGAGCACCAAUCAGAUAUGCAUUUGCAUAUGGCUCCGGAGUGUUUCCACAGUCUGGCACAGCCAGCGGUGAAAGCUGUCAUCCUGCUGCACCGGUUACCAUUCAAAGAAUGCAAAAAGGUGGAGGAAAGAUGAUCGACUUUAUUUUUGGAGUGUCCUACAGCCAGCAUUGGCAUUCUCUUAAUUUGAAUCAGCAUCGCGAUCACUACUCUGCCAUUGGGUCACUGGGCUCUUAUGUAGUUUCGCAAGUGCAAGAGAAAAUCGGAGCUGGUGUCUACUUCAACCCUUAUGUGACUGUGAACGGGACCCUUAUAAAAUAUGGGGUCGUUAACAUUGACACUUUGUGCAAAGAUCUUAGUGAAUGGGACACUCUUUAUCUCGUUGGGAGACUUCACAAGCCAGUCAAAAUUCUCCGCGAUCAUCCCAAAGUCCGCCUGGCGAACCAAAUGAACCUUCUCUCAGCAGUCCGUGUUGCAUUAUUACUUCUCCCGCCCGAUUUUACUGAAAGCCAACUGUAUACGACAAUUGCAGGUAUCAGUUAUAUGGGAGACCCACGAAUGUCUUUUGGCUCAGAGGAUCCCAAAAAGAUCAACAAUAUCGUCUCUGCACAGAUGGCAAACUUCCGCCGGCUAUACGCGCCGCUGAUUGACACGCUGCCCAAUGUUUCUUUCAAUGACCCCAGCUGCAGCGAUGCUUCCUGGAUAGAUGACCCAGAAAUCAAUGUUAAGUUAGCGCAAGAUAUGGAUCCAGUCAAACGAGGGAAUAUGGUCCGCAGGCUACCUCAGUCAUUCCGGGAGAAGCUCUAUUUCCAAUACCAAUCUCGAUUUCAAAUACCUCGAUCUGAGUUUAACAAGAUGAUGGAAGAAAGCACGGAUGAAGACCCAGAUCGCAUUCACCGUCGUCAAGGAACUACCUUUGACCGAAAGAUCGCAGCCGAAAGUCAUUUGAAGGAGGAAGUGUCGAAGUCCAUCAAGAAGACUAUUUCCUGGCCGAGUACAAGUCAGAGCAUCAAGGGAAUUGUCACGGCUGGAUUCAAAAACACCGUUCGAUACUUAAAGGGAAAAAGGGCUAAAUAUUCCAACUCAAAGGCGUCAUCCUCCACUUCUGACAGCAACUCAACCCACAAAACGGACUAA